AUGUCCAGCAACGACGGUAAUACCUUCGGUGAUGCUCCGGAACGUGCUAGGGUCUCUAACCUGGAAGACCUCCCCAUGGAUAUCUUGUAUGUGAUCAUUGAGCAGCUGAACUUCUGGGAGCUAAUGAAUCUCAGGUCAUCUGUUCCAGCCCUGAGCGACACUCUGAGAAACCCGCUGAGAAAGCAAUGCCUCAAGUGGGCUCUUCCCUCCAAGAAGCAUUACGAGCGAUUCAUUUGGGUUGACAAGAGGGGUUUGCCACAUAAAAGCUUCUGGAAUUGGUCCAUCGAUUACAGACCCGAAAAUAUACCACAGCCCUUUGCACAGGCGAUCAUCCGCGGCCAUUAUCGAGUCGUGCAGAAUGUGCUGGAUGCUGGCGUCCACCCCCACAGAAACUACGAUCUCUUUGGGAAUUCAUUCUGGCAUAUUGCUGUGAGAGCCCGAAACCUCCAAAUGAUCCAGAUCUUUCUCUCCCACCCGGAGAUCGACGUCAAUCAGGAAAUGUGGACGGGGGACCGGGCAUUGGACAUGCUGAGCCCCGAACAGAGGCGGUAUCUGUCAGACGAUUAUCCAGCCCUUAGAGGGAUCAUACAUUCACGAGUCACCGACAUCGACAAUCCCUGGCCGGCCAUCGUGGGGGGGAAUCAAAGGAUCAUUGAGCUUCUGCUCGAGAAGGGUGCAGUGUUUUCCUCAGCCGAGUGCUUCAUCUAUCUGGUCCGGCGCCCGGGCGGGCCGGACCUUCUCAGACUGGCAAUCCGAAAUGGCCUGUACAAGAGUGGCAGCACUACGAACUGGUACGGUCUGUGCAAACAUAUCUCACACUGUAUCCAGAAGCUCUCGGUGAACAUUUUGGAUGUCAUAGUGCAAGAAAUCCCGGAGGUGCUGUCGAUGCCCGGGCUCGGACUGAUCCUGGAUGCACUUGGACAAAACGUGUACUGUAAACGCGCAUCCCACAAAUUCGCCGCGUACAUGAUACGAAAGGGGUUCCGCCUCAAGCUCAGUUAUUAUUUGGACAGAAAAUACCCUGAGUUGGCGUUUGUUCUUGGUAAACUGGAACCGAAUCCUAGAUUCUAUGGCUCGGAAGUCUUACCCCGGAACGUCUGGCGGAAGUGGGCUUCGCUUGCUGAGCUGCUGCUAGAGCGGCGUGAGCUGCAGCAAGAUGGCUUUGAGGCAUGGAGGGAUCCGGACUUGAUUCUAAGAAGCCCACUCCGGGAGGCUCUGGUAGCCAAUAACUGGGUCGCGGCCCGAGCUCUACUUAAGGCAGGCCCUGGUCCUUGA